AUGACCAUCGCAGAAGAGUUCAAGUCAAGGAAUUUCAGUAUUUAUGGGCAAUGGACCGGUGUCCUAUGCAUACUCCUAUGUUUUGCUCUGGGAAUUGCGAAUAUAUUCCACAUCAGAGUGAUAGCUUUUAGUAUAGUUUGCUUAGCAUCAUCAUUCCUUCUCAUCUUCGUGGAAGUCCCUCUCCUACUACGAAUUUGCCCGACGUCGUCUAAAUUCGAUGCAUUUGUCCGACGUUUCACGACAAACUAUAUGCGCGCUCUGAUGUACCUCAUCCUCAGUAUCAUUCAAUGGUUGAGCAUUAUUGUCAGUGCAACCAGUCUUAUUGCCGCCGCCUUCUUUCUCUUAUUAGCAGGCGUUUUCUACUUAUUGGCCGGCCUUACAAAUCAAGAAUUCAUGAGUAGCAAGACGCUAGGUGGCCAAGGUGUUGCGCAGAUGAUUAUUUAG